UGAGGGGUUAAAUAACAAGCGUUUUCGACGUCGCAAAAAUGGCGGCAACACUAGCUGCUGGAUUUUAGUAGCAGAUCGAUUUCCUACAAAGAUACUAGGGUUCUUAAACGAACCCAGUUCAGACACUGCCAAGUUUGAAUGGGCAAACCAAAAUAAAAUUGGGUUGGAAUUCGAAAAAAGAAGAAGCAUUUCGUAGGAGUUUUUCAAAGUGGUUUUAGGGAUUCUUAUAGGAAUGGAAAGCAGCAAUAAUAAUGGCAGCUUGGAGCAGACAUUGCAGGAUGGAAAUCUGUAUCGUCAGGUCAAUGCUUUCAUCGUAGCCCAUCUUCGCGACAACAAUCUCAAUCAGGCUGCAAGUGCAGUUGCUUCAGCUACAAUGACCCCAUUGAAUGUUGAAGCUCCUCCGAAUAAGCUCCUUGAACUGGUUGCUAAGGGCCUUGCAGUGGAGAAAGAUGAGAUGUUAAGAGGUGUUUCUUCAUCUCCGUUGUUUGAUUCAGGUGCAGCAAUACCUGCGCGAUACGGUUCAAUUCCCGAACCUCGCGUUGUUGCUGUUGAUUUCAGUGCCGUGCAUGAUAUAAAAGGUGCAUCAAAGAGCUUUCCGAAGCAUGAGACCCGACAUGUUUCAGAGCAUAAGAAUGUUGCCAGAUGUGCAAGAUUCAGUCCUGAUGGAAGGUUUCUUGCAACUGGGAGUGCAGACACAUCAAUAAAGCUCUUUGAGGUAAUAAAAAUCAAGCAAAUGAUGCUGCCAGAUGCAAAGGAUGGUCCAGUGCGACCAGUCGUACGGACAUUUUAUGACCAUCUACAACCAAUAAAUGAUAUAGAUUUUCAUCCUCAGAAUACUGUUAUGAUUACUGGGGCCAAAGAUCAUACAAUAAAGUUCUUUGAUUUUUCAAAAGCAGUUGCAAAGAGAGCAUUCAGAGUUAUCCAGGAUACUCAUAAUGUGCGAUCUGUAGCUUUUCAUCCCUCUGGAGAUUUUGUUUUAGCAGGCACCGAUCAUCCCAUUGCACACUUGUAUGAUGUCAAUACUUUCCAAUGUUAUCUAUCAGCAAAAAUCCAAGACAUCGGUGUGGAUGGAUCCGUAAAUCAAGUGCGGUACUCGUCAACUGGUGGCAUGUAUGUGACAGCAUCUAAAGAUGGUGCUAUUCGUAUAUGGGAUGGGGUAACAGCCUCUUGCGUGCGUUCUAUACUUGGUGCACAUGGUGCAACAGAAGCCAUCAGCGCAAAUUUUACAAAAGAUCAAAGGUUUGUUCUCUCCUGCGGAAAGGAUUCUUUGGUGAAGCUGUGGGAAGUUGGCACUGGAAGAUUGGUUAAACAGUACGUGGGAGCUACACAUACACAAUUGCGAUGCCAGGCUGUCUUCAAUGAUACGGAAGAAUUCGUACUAUCCAUAGAUGAACCUAACAAUGAGAUUGUGAUAUGGGAUGCAAUAACAGCAGAGAAAGUCGCAAAGUGGCCCUCCAACCAUAUUGGUGCACCCCGUUGGCUCGAGCACUCACCGACAGAGGCUGCGUUUGUUUCCUGUGGAAAUGACAGGUCCGUACGAUUCUGGAAGGAACUUCCAUAGAAUCCCACAGAAAAAAGGUUGGCAUCUCAUUCUGCGCAUGCAGAUACAAAAAAGAAAAACACUUUAGGCACAAAUGGGUGCCUUGCUAAAGUUAGUGUAAAACUGAAAAAACGGGGUCAUUGGGGAGACCCGGAAGCAUUAGAAUCUGAAGAUAUUUGGAUAAUUUCCAGUUCUCUGUAACUUAUUGACUGGUGAAAAUUUUGUUUCAUUUUUUGUAAUCUGUGAUGGAUUUUGUAAAUUUUGGUUGGAACAACCAGAAUGCACUGGAGUACGAAAAUUGAACUUACGUACCAUUUCUUAAAUUGUGAAGCUUGUUGGCUCA